CGGAGCGGGGAUUCCGGGGCGGGGCCUAGGCCGGCGGCUGCGCACUGGCGUCGCUGCUGUCGCCGCGGUCGGAGGGACGCGAUGGCCGGGCCCGCGUGGAUGUCCAAGGUCUCUCGGCUGCUGGGGGCUCUCCACAACCCAAAACAGGUGACCAGAGGUUUUGCUGGUGGCGCUCAGACGGUGACUCUGAUUCCAGGAGAUGGGAUCGGCCCAGAAAUCUCCGCCGCCGUUAUGAAGAUUUUCGACGCUGCCAAAGCUCCGAUUCAGUGGGAGGAGCGGAACGUCACGGCCAUCCAGGGGCCGGGCGGAAAGUGGAUGAUCCCUCCCGAGGCCAAGGAGUCCAUGGACAAGAACAAGAUGGGCUUGAAAGGCCCCUUGAAGACUCCCAUCGCCGCCGGACACCCCUCCAUGAACCUGCUGCUGAGGAAGACCUUUGACCUGUACGCCAAUGUGCGGCCGUGCGUGUCCAUCGAAGGCUACAAGACCCCGUACACCGACGUGAAUAUUGUGACCAUCCGGGAGAACACGGAGGGAGAAUACAGCGGCAUCGAGCACGUGAUCGUGGACGGGGUGGUGCAGAGCAUCAAGCUCAUCACUGAGGAGGCUAGCAGGCGCAUCGCAGAGUUUGCCUUUGAGUACGCUCGCAACAACCACCGGAGCAACGUCACGGCCGUGCACAAGGCCAAUAUCAUGAGAAUGUCAGAUGGACUUUUUCUGCAAAAGUGCAGAGAAGUUGCAGAAAACUGUAAAGAUAUUAAAUUCAACGAGAUGUAUCUUGAUACAGUCUGCUUGAAUAUGGUACAGGACCCAGCCCAGUUCGACGUUCUUGUCAUGCCGAAUCUGUACGGAGACAUCCUCAGUGACCUGUGUGCGGGACUGAUUGGAGGCCUUGGGGUGACACCGAGUGGCAACAUUGGAGCCAACGGGGUGGCCAUCUUUGAGUCGGUGCACGGGACAGCCCCGGACAUUGCCGGCAAGGACAUGGCCAACCCCACGGCCCUGCUGCUCAGCGCCGUCAUGAUGCUGCGUCACAUGGGGCUGUUUGAGCAUGCCGCGAGGAUCGAGGCCGCCUGCUUCGCUACCAUCAAGGAUGGGAAGAGCUUGACGAAAGACCUAGGAGGCAAUUCCAAGUGCUCCGACUUCACAGAGGAGAUCUGCCGCCGAGUGCGAGACCUGGACUAGUCCCCCCACCCUCACCCCCGGCUCGCUUGUUGCCGCAGCCCCAGCUGCUCAGAGGACCUUCCCCGCUAUUUAUUCCCCAUCUACUGGCAGACCGUUUCCGUGAACUCCACGUGGACUGUGCUGUUAUCCAUUGUCAGCCAUUGUUCACUCGCUAACUACUCCCCUCGGCGCUAACAAGACCUGACUUUUUAAAGCAAACCCCCUCCUCAGUUUAGGACAGACAGACAGGCAGAACAGACCCCCUCAGUUUAGGACAGACAGACAGGCAGAACAGACCCCUCCUCAGUUUAGGACAGACAGACAGGCAAGAGCAGUGUCACGCAGUAGCCCAGGACACUGUUCUUAGCAAACUGAACAGACAUGAGGUUUCUGGGGAAAGGUCUCUGCAGGCAUGUUUGCUAGCUAGCGACGUGGACAGUGCAGGUUUGUCCUUAGAAAAUCACUGAGUAAAGACCAGACGUAGGAAACACCAGGGAGUUUGCUGAUACGACGGGCGUGAGUUGGUCCUGGCUUCUUCCACUGCGCCUCACACACGACGUGGCUUUCCCCGCAGCCCGGUGCAUUGGCUGCAAGGACCUGAGCCCUGUUGCUCUUGGCGAGGCGACAAGGUGCCUGUGCCCCUGGGUGUUGUCGAGCCCCACGCACCCUCUGUAUCUGCAGGCCGCCAAACUGGCUGGCAGUGACCCGGGACUCGGCAGAGAAGACCACAGGCACGGGGCUACUCCACUCACCAUUGUCACACCACCAGGGAGCCCUGCGGCUGUGAGCUGACUCCCGGGCUGGGCGGCCGCUGCCUGCCAACACAGUGUGCCACCACCUGGCUUGGUCCUUACUAAUAAAGGAUUCCCACACCAUUGCAA